AUGAAAUUCCUUGAGACCUCCUCGCCCUCUUCUAAUCAUCCUUCGCCGGUACGGCUCUCGCAGGCUUUGGCGCCCACGGAGGUGGUGUUCUUCAAGGAUGACGGCGUGUUGGUGCUCGGGUUCGCCAAGCAGCUUCCCCUCGGCGAGGGCCUGCUCAAGAUGGACUUCAACGGCAUUCUCAACGACGAGAUGAGAGGAUUCUACAGGAGUAAGUACCAGUAUAAGGGGAAAGCGAGAAACAUGGCGGUGACGCAAUUUGAGUCCGUGUAUGCGCGGCGGUGCUUCCCCUGCUGGGAUGAGCCCGCAUUCAAGGCUAAGUUCAAGCUAACACUUGAAGUUCCAUCUGAGCUGGUAGCACUGUCCAACAUGCCAGUAGCUAACGCGACAUUUGCUGGUCCUCUCAAAACUGUGCGUUACCAGGAAUCGCCACCUAUGUCAACUUAUUUAGUGGCCAUAGUUGUCGGUUUGUUUGAAUAUGUAGAGGGUAUGACAACAAAAGGCACGAAAGUUCGUGUGUACACUCAAAUUGGUAAGAGUAACCAAGGGAAGUUUGCACUAGAUGUUGGAGUGAAGUCGUUGAAUCUCUAUAAAGAUUACUUUGCCACUCCUUAUCCACUCCCCAAGUUGGAUAUGGUUGCUAUCCCUGAUUUUGCUCCUGGAGCCAUGGAGAACUACGGAUUGGUCACUUACCGGGAAGUAGCUUUGCUUUUCGAUGACAAGUCUUCAUCAGCAUCCAGCAAACAGAAUAUUGCAAUUACUGUGGCACACGAAUUGGCUCAUCAAUGGUUUGGCAAUCUUGUAACCAUGGAAUGGUGGACUCACUUGUGGUUAAAUGAGGGAUUUGCUACAUGGAUGAGCCAUCUAGCAGUAGAUUCUUUUUUUCCACAAUGGAAUAUCUGGGCACAGUUUCUUGAUCGCACAACCACUGCUCUCAGGCUGGAUUCACUCGAGGCGUCUCAUCCUAUUGAGGUUGAAAUACACCAUGCCAGUGAAGUUGAUCAGAUUUUUGAUGCUAUUAGCUAUGACAAGGGUGCUUCUGUUAUUCGCAUGCUACAAAGUUAUCUUGGCGCAGAGCGUUUUCAGAAAGCAAUGGCUUCAUAUAUGAAGAAAUAUGCAUACUCAAAUGCUAAAACCGAGGACCUUUGGGCUGUUCUUGAAAAGGAAACUGGUGAACCUGUCAAGGAUUUGAUGACUACAUGGACGAAGCAAAAAGGUUAUCCUGUUAUUAAUGCAAAAAUUAAAGGGAAUGACAUAGAGAUUGAGCAGGUAAUAUUUUUUUUUGCAGUAUCAAGAACAACUUACAGGUUUGGCAAUCUUGUAACCAUGGAAUGGUGGACUCACUUGUGGUUAAACGAGGGAUUUGCCACAUGGAUGAGCCAUCUAGCUGUAGAUUCUUUCUUUCCACAAUGGAAGAUCUGGACACAGUUUCUUGAUAGGACAACCACUGCUCUCAGGCUGGAUUCACUCGAGGCGUCUUAUCCUAUUGAGGUUGAAAUACACCAUGCCAGUGAAGUUGAUCAGAUUUUUGAUGCUAUUAGCUAUGACAAGGGUGCUUCUGUUAUUCGCAUGCUACAAAGUUACCUUGGCGCAGAGCGUUUUCAGAAAGCGAUGGCUUCGUAUAUGAAGAAAUAUGCAUACUCAAAUGCUAAAACCGAGGACCUGUGGGCUGUUCUUGAAAAGGAAACUGGUGAACCUGUCAAGGAUUUGAUGACUACAUGGACGAAGCAAAAAGGUUAUCCUGUUAUUAAUGCGAAAAUUAAAGGGAAUGACAUAGAGAUUGAGCAGGCCCAGUUUUUGUUAGAUGGGUCCUCUGGCUCUGGCACGUGGAUUGUCCCUAUAACUUCAGGCUGUGGUGCAUAUGAUACACAGAAAAAGUUAUUGUUGAAACUUAAACGUGAUAAGCUGGUCAUUGGUUCACAAUGCGGUGACCGAAAGAAGGGCGGAAACUUUUUUACUAAGUUGAAUGUAAAUGGAACUGGAUUUUACAGAGUAAAAUAUGACGAUGAGCUUGCAGCUGCACUUCAAAAUGCGUUGGAGACCAAGAAGCUCUCACUAAUGGAUAAAAUUGGCAUUGUGGAGGACUUAUAUGCACUUUCUAUUGCCCGCCAGCAAACAUUUGCGUCGUUGCUACAUUUACUCUACGGUUAUCGUGGAGAAGCUGAUUAUAGUGUUCUUUCACACAUAAAUACUGUAACCACAAGUAUUGCUAAAAUAUCUGCUGAUGCUACUCCUGCCUUGGCUGGUGACAUCAAGCAACUUUUGAUCAAGAUUCUUUUGUCACCUGCAGAAAAGUUAGGCUGGGACCCCAAGAAGGGUGAGAGCCACCUGGAUGUAAUGCUUAGACCACUGCUGUUGACUGCACUUGUCCAACUUGGACAUGGUAAGACCAUUAAUGAAGGAGUUAGGCGCUUUAACAUCUUCACACGUGAUCGCAGCACUUCUCUUCUUCCUCCGGAUACUAGAAAGGCCGCAUACCUCGCUGUGAUGCAGAAUGUUAGUAGUUCAAACAGAUCCGGUUAUGAUGCUCUCCGAAAAAUCUACAAGGAGUCAGCUGAAGGAGAGGAAAGAUUACAAGUCUUAGGCAUAUUAUCUUCUUGCCGGGAUAAGGGUAUCGUCCUUGAAUCACUGAAUUUAAUUUUCUCUAAUGAGGUUCGCAAUCAAGAUGCAUAUAUUCUCCUUAGAGGUAUUCAACCAGAGGCACGUGAAAUUUCGUGGAACUGGUUGAAGGAAAACUGGGAGCUCAUCUCAAAGACAUUUCCCGGGAUCUCGGUGGCGAAUUUUGUUAAAAACAUAGUUCCAUUGUUCACCUCCAACGAGAAGGCGGCAGAGAUCUCCAACUUCUUUGCAACCUGCACAAAGCCCGAAUUCGAGAGGACACUGAAGCAGAACCUUGAAAACGUGCGGAUCAGUGCGAGAUGGGCAGAGGGCAUCAGGAGCGAGCCCGGGCUUGCACAGACGGUGCGUGAGCUCCUGGACAAGCCCUGACGUGUUGCUGCUAGAGUGCUAGGUUACCGUUGUAGUUGGCAAUAAGAAUGCAUUUGUGCCUUACCAUGUGUGGAAACUGUGGCUUGAGAUGAUAUUUGGUUGUACAUUUGUAGUGGUGGUGGUAGUGAGUCAGUUGAUGCCAGUUUGUAGCCAAAUCAUUGAUUAGUAUGAAUGCAUGUGGUGCAAAUGGGUUGUAUGAAGAAUGAGAAUGUUAAGGAGAAACUAGGUAGCAUAUCCAUUAAUGAAGAUUUAUGUGGAUGGUGCAUUUCAUGAUGAA